GAUGCUGGCAGGACAGCCUCCAUUCGAUGGAGAGGAUGAGGACGAGCUGUUCCAAUCCAUCAUGGAGCACAACGUUUCUUACCCCAAGUCCAUGUCCAAGGAGGCCGUCUCCAUCUGCAAGGGACUGAUGACCAAGCACCCAUCCAAGCGGCUGGGCUGUGGGCCCGAGGCGGAACGGGACAUCAGGGAGCAGGCGUUCUUCAGACGCAUCGACUGGGAACGCCUGGCCAACAGAGAGAUCCAGCCCCCCUUCAAACCCAAAGUGGGCGGCAAGGGGGCGGAGAACUUUGAUAAGUUCUUCACGCGCACCCAGCCCAUGCUGACCCCGUCCGACCAGCUGGUCAUCGCCAACAUCGACCAGAGUGAGUUCGCCGGCUUCUCCUACGUCAACACGCAGUUCAUCCACCCUCACUGCACAGCGUCGUAUGAGUGGACCGACGGCAGUGGAGAAGGAGGACAUGGAGAACGAAAGAUCGAGUGA